AUGGUGGGACGAUUUUAUCAGAAGCCAGAAACGCCGCGCUUAGAGGAUGACGGCUCAAAUCUGCGAGGAAUGGCGGCAGUGCUGAGGCCGGUGCGAUUCAUCGAAGCCGAUUACUGGCUGGCCGUAGUGAAUGAAUUGCCUUCGUUCAGUGGGUGAAC